UCAUGGCGACCCCCAAUAAUCUGACCCCCACCAACUGCAGCUGGUGGCCCAUCUCGGCGCUGGAGAGCGAUGUGGCCAAGCCGGCGGAGGCCCCCGAAGCAGCCGAAGCGGCCAGCCACGCCCACUGGCCCAAGGAGAGCCUGGUUCUGUACCACUGGACCCAGUCCUUCAGCUCGCAGAAGGUGCGGCUGGUGAUCGCCGAGAAGGGCCUGGCGUGUGAGGAGCGGGACGUGAGCCUGCCGCAGAGCGAACACAAGGAGCCCUGGUUCAUGCGGCUCAACCUGGGCGAGGAGGUGCCCGUCAUCAUCCAUCGCGACAACAUCAUCAGCGAUUACGACCAGAUCAUCGACUACGUGGAGCGCACGUUCACGGGAGAGCACGUGGUGGCGCUGAUGCCCGAGGCGGGCAGCCCCCAGCACGCACGGGUGCUGCAGUACCGCGAGCUGCUGGACGCGCUGCCCAUGGACGCCUACACGCACGGCUGCAUCCUGCACCCCGAACUCACUGCCGACUCCAUGAUCCCCAAGUACGCCACGGCCGAGAUCCGCAGACAUUUAGCCAAUGCCACCAUGGACUUCAUGAAAUUGGACCAUGAAGAGGAGCCCCAGCUCUCUGAGCCCUACCUUUCUAAACAGAAGAAGCUCAUGGCCAAGAUCCUGGAGCACGAUGAUGUGAGCUACCUGAAGAAGAUCCUGGGGGAGCUGGCCAUGGUGCUGGACCAGAUCGAGGCUGAGCUGGAGAAGAGGAAGCUUGAGAACGAGGGGCAGAAAUGUGAGCUGUGGCUCUGUGGCUGUGCCUUCACCCUGGCUGAUGUCCUCCUGGGAGCCACCCUGCACCGCCUCAAAUUCCUGGGACUGUCCAAGAAAUACUGGGAAGAUGGCAGCCGGCCCAACCUGCAGUCCUUCUUUGAGAGGGUCCAGAAACGCUUUGCCUUCCGGAAAGUUCUGGGCGACAUCCACACCACUCUGCUGUCAGCCGUCAUCCCCAACGCGUUCCGGCUGGUCAAGCGGAAACCCCCAUCUUUCUUUGGGGCAUCCUUCCUCAUGGGCUCCCUGGGUGGGAUGGGCUACUUUGCCUACUGGUACCUCAAGAAAAAAUACAUCUAAAGCCAGGCCCCGGGCUUGGUGUCUGACUGUUGGUGUCUCUGUCCUGUGUGAUUCCCAGUGAGCUCUCAGUAACGCACAGUCUCAUGCGCACUUGGACAGCCCCUCCCACCCCUUGUUCGGAGUAAUUCUAUCGUCAGUGUGAAAACAUUCCAUAGUUUAGGAGUAGAUGUUGCCAAUGCUGUGAGUUGAGGCCACGGUUCUACUAAAGGAGAGAAAGAGUGAGUGGGAGAGAGAGAGAAAGAGAGAGAGAGAAACAAACAAAAACACGAAUGCCUUUUUUUUUUUUCGAUUCAAGGUCUCAAGAUGGAACUGUGGGGAGUGGUUAGGAUCUGAGGUGAGUGUCAGGUCAUUUCAUUCACCAGGGCCCAGACUGGGAGGUGCUGGGGGCUCGGAGGGCCUGACCCCUCGCCUCCCCUUCCCUCUUGCCCAGGGAACUCUUGCACAGGACAAAGCCAACAUCAAGACUUGACUCUUCUAAGCACUACCUCCGGGUGGGGCUGGAGACCUGGAGACCCCACGGGAGGCCCCUGAAGACUGGAGGGGCUUCAUUCUUCUCCUGGAAGUGAACUGAGACAGCACUGGCCGAGCCAAGGCAGUGACUUCCAGCCACAGGCCAUGUCUGGGGCCGACGCCAUGAGCACACCCUCCCAUUCCCCUCUUGAUUUGGCCAGUGUGCUUGGUCUGGCACUUUGCCGGAAGUCCUUGAAGGCAGUGUCCAUCCUCCUCUUCCCACCCGGAGUUCAGUUUUCCCACCAUGUGAGGGGGACUUUCAGGAAAAGCCACAUUGAUCUUCUCUCAAAGUUCAGCCCUGGCCGGAGUGCAGGGGUGGGUCUGGAGGUGGAUGGCCUUCAGGUCCCUCCUCCAGCCUCUGCCAAAGCCAUCUCUGUUAACGUCUGCCUUCCCCUUCACUCUCGGGGCCCCCCCACGCCCUGCCAUGCCAUGCAGGGGCGUUUCUGCGUCCACGCUGCCCGUCCUCGCGGCGUCUCACCUCCCUGUGCCUUCUGCCUGUUGGGAGAGGGUCAGGGUGUCACUGCAGCUCAUGCUUAGAAACCGCUGAAAGCCCCCAGUAAAAAGCAUCGAGGAGAAGCAGCUGCUUCUCAUUUCUAAACCUGUGUUGUCCGUCCAUCCAGUUCUCGUUUCCAGAGUUUGGGGCCAGAGGGGUGGAGGUACGACGUUGAGACUCAGUGAGUCUGACUCUUCUGACUCCCACCAAUGUUUUGACCAUUUCACUUCUGGUGAGAAGGAAGAGAUGACUGAUGGCUGCUUGGGGGGCCCAAGGCUGGAUCUGGGGAGGCUAGGUCUUUUGUUUUUUGGCUGCACCGCAUGCCUUGAGGAAUCUUAGUUCCCCAACCAGGGAUCAAACCUGGGCCCGAGGCAGUGAAGCUCCAAGUCCUAACCGCUGGAUUGCCAGGGAAUUCCCAUGGCCAGGUUUUAUCUGAUAGGAAAGGAUAGAGAGGAUGUUAGAGCACAUGUCCAGCACUUUAAGGCCCAGCUGUGGAAGAGGGUCAUGUGACUUCCACGCAUGGUCCAUGGGUGAGAAUUUAAUUACCAGGCUUCACCCAGCUGCAAAGGAGGCUGGGAAAUGUAGUCUGUGAUUGGGCAGCCUAUUGCUAAGGAAGGAGAGAACAGAUCCCGGUGGACAGCCAGCAGCGUCUGACAUAAGGAAGCACUGAAUGGGAAGAGGCCCAGGCAGACUGCUGGAGAGAACCAUAGACUCCAACACUCCACAGGCCCCACCUGCCUGUUCCACAUGUGCAGAAACUGAGGCCUGGGAUGGGCAUGUGUCUGGUUUGGUCAGGAUCCCACAACAAGUGAGAUAGAGGUAAGUGUCCUUUCCCUGGUCCCUUUCUGUCUCAGAACGUGACGGAGAACAGCUCGGGUGUGGGAAAGAGUCAACAUGCGUACGUUUACUCAGAAUCCAUCAGCUGCUGGGCCUUCUACCAGGUGCCAUGGAGGGUUGCAGAGAUGGACAGGGUGUGGGGCUGAGUUCAGUCUAGUUGGGAAGACAGACACCACCACCACCAGGACUGAGGUAAUGGGCGCCCCCAAUGUUCACAAUGCUAAGGUCUC